GUCAAUAAAUUAGCUUUGGGUCAACGCUCGCUCGCCGGCAGAGCUAGUCUAUUUAGAAAAAAGAGAUGCACUUUUAACACAAAUCACAUUAUUCUUAUUACACCUCUCUUUAUUUUCUCGGAUCUCUUUCCGGCGCUUCUCUCCGAUGUCGAUUAAAACUGUCAAAGUCAGCAAUGUUUCUUUGGGAGCCACUCUGCAGGACGUUCAAGAGUUCUUUUCUUUCUCUGGUGAUAUCUUUUAUGUUGAGAUGCAAAGUCACGAUGAGCGGUCUCAGAUAGCUUUUGUUACCUUUAAGGAUGCAGAAGGUGCAGAAACUGCAGUUCUACUUUCGGGAGCAACAAUUGUUGAUUCAACUGUUACUGUAGCUUUGGAUCCAGACUACAAGCCUCCGGCCGCUGCUUUUGUUCCUCCUCCUGUCACACAAAAUAUAACUCCAAAAAGUGGUGGAUCUGCUAUGAACAAGGCAGAGGAUGUUGUUACUAGCAUGCUUGCAAAGGGAUUUGUCUUAGGUAAAGACGCUCUUGGCAAAGCAAAAGCUAUAGAUGAGAAACACAAGUUGACUUCCACAGCAUCGUCUAAAGUUUCCUCUUUAGACAAGAAAAUUGGUUUCACUGAGAAGAUUAGUGUUGGCACAUCUAUUGUGACUGAUAAGGUCAAGGAAGUGGAUCAGAAACUUCAAGUUUCUGACAAAGCAAAGUCAGCAUUUUCUGUUGCUGAGCAGAAAGUCAGUAGUGCUGGUUCUGCUGUAAUGAAGAAUCGUUAUGUGUUAACUGGAGCAACAUGGGUAACAGGUGCCUUCAACAAAGUUGCCAAGGCAGCUGGAGAAGUUGGGCAACAUACUAAAGAGAAAGUGAGCAUGGCUGAAGAUGAAAAGAGAAAGAAAAUGGUAGAUGAGUAUGCUGAAGUUCUAUCAGAGUCCCCAAAAGCUUCUGAAGCAAGCGAGCACAAGCCUUCUAAGCCUGCACCAGCAGAGGGCCUGAUCCUCUGAUUUAUUGAUUCUGUAAAUAUAUCUUUCCAAGACUUUGGAUGCUGUAAUUUGAUUCAUUAUUGAUACCCAGUCAUCAAGACGGUAAGAACUAUAAUUGUAAAACACAUGCCUUUAUAUUUCUUUCAGAUUGUGACUA